AUGGCGGGAGGAGACGAGGUGAAGCUGCUGGGGAACUGGGCGAGCCCGUACGUGGCCAGGGACCUUGCCGACAAGAGCGAACUGCUCCUCCGCUCCAACCCCGUCCACAAGGCGGUGCCGGUGCUCAUCCACGGCGGCAAGCCCGUCUGCGAGUCCCGGGUCAUCGUACAGUACAUCGACGAGGCCUUCGCCUCCGCCGGCGCCGGCCCGCCCCUCCUCCACGCCAACCCCCGCGAGCGCGCCGCCGCCCGCUUCUGGGCCGUCUUCGUGGACGACGAGCUGCUGGCGCCGUGGGGGAUGGUCAUGCGGUCGGGGACGGACGAGGAGAGGGCGGAGUGGACGAGGCGGACCGUCGCGGCGGUGGAGACGCUGGAGGGGGCCCUGGGGGAGCGCUCCGAGGAGGACGGGGAGGGGUUCUUCGGCGGCGACCGCGUCGGUUACGUCGACAUCCUGCUCGGCGGCAUGGUCCCGUGGGUGCGCGUCACCGAGAGGCUCUCCGGCCACAACUUCUUUGAUGCUAGCACGGCCCCGCUGCUGGCGGCGUGGAUGGAGCGCUUCGGCGAGCUGGACGCUGCCAGGGCCGUCUUCCAGGACGUUGACCGCCUCGUGGAGUACGCCGGGACGAUACAGGCACGGGCGCACGGCUAG